CUGGGUGAACUCAGGGUAGAUUGAUUCUUUCGUCGACAGCUGUGAAGAGAAUCGUUUACGAAUAGCCAAAUAUUGUCAGUCUCUUUACCUGUUUAGAGAAAUAAUUUCUGUUUUUCAGUUUGCCGAUGGCACAAUACAAACUUCGUCAUUCGGUGAUCAAUUUUUAAAAGAGAUGAAAAGGCUCAAGAGGAAGAAACAAAACGCAGCAGUUUGGGUGAAUGGGAAUGGGUCUGUCUCAAGAGAACCAGACUGUGGGAGGAAACAGAAGUUGGCUGAGAUCCAUCAGGCUUUGAUCAGUGACCCUGUGGACAUUGAGACCCUGAGGAGAGCAGCAGCCAGUAAAGGAGGGUUGCUCACCGAUGAACUGAGGAGGAAAGUCUGGCCCAAACUGCUCAACAUCAAUGUGUAUGAGCUGCCACAUAAACCUGGUCGAGAUGUGAGGCAAAACCACAAGGACUACAACCAAGUAGUCCUGGAUGUCAGGAGGUCCAUGAAGCGGUUCCCGAAAGGUAUGCCAGCCACAGAGAGAGCCGUGCUUCAGGAGCAGCUGAUUGACAUCAUACUGGAGGUUUUGAAACGCAACCCUCAGCUUCAUUACUACCAAGGCUACCACGAUGUGGCCGUCUCUCUGCUGCUGGUAGUUGGGGAGCGGAUGACCAUCGCCAUGCUGGACACACUAUCCAAUUACCAUCUCAGGGAUUUCAUGGAUCCUACCAUGGACAGCACUAAACAUAUUUUAAACUACCUGAUGCCUAUAUUGGAACAAGUUGAUAAAGAACUACAUGACUUCAUGAUCAGAGCGGAGGUGGGAACCAUCUUUGCACUGUCCUGGCUCAUCACAUGGUUUGGCCACGUGCUGUCAGAGUUCAAACACACCCUGAGACUGUACGACUUCUUCCUGUCCUCACACCCACUGAUGCCCAUCUACCUCGCUGCUACGAUUGUGUUGCACAGAGAGAAGGAGGUGAAGCAGACUGAAUGUGACAUGGCCAUGGUCCACCACCUCCUCUCUCGCAUCCCCCAGGAUCUCCCAUAUGAACUCCUGAUUGGCCAGGCCCAGGACCUGUUCGAGCAGUACCCUCCAUCUCUACUGGCCAGGCGGGCAGCACUGCAGUCUCACAAGAGCCUGUCCAUCAGCACCUUCCAGGCCUUUCAGCUCUCCACCCUCCACCAGAGGCCUGACUCUGUUCUCCAACGCCUCACCAAGGCCCACGGCUCCACCACCUCCAGACACGGCCUGCAAGCAGCUUCGUCCCGGGACCGAGGCCAGCUGUGGGGGAAGGGGAACAAGAUGUUGAAGAUGGCAGUGUGGGGGCUGUCCGCGACGCUCGGGGCGGCCGUGAUCGCUGUGGCUCAGACGGCAAUGGACUGGGGACCUGAGGUGUUAUUACAACUGUUCUGAUGCAUCGUGUACAUCUUGCAGAUUUACACUGUGAGAAACUCACGGUAAAACAUGGAGGCAGCAGACACACGUCUGCUCUUCAGGUGGAUUAAAUCUAAACAAACGUACAUACGCAAACAAA